CAGGAUGUCUCUUGGGAACAACGCGGGCCUUUCCGGUUGCUCCCCGGGUAGAAGACGCGAACUCUGAGUUCCGGGGAGGCCCCCCCACUUUUGACUCAAGCAGAGACUGGGUGGCGUCUGCACGGGCCGUGCAAGUUGCUAUGGGCAACCAGCUAGCGCGUCUGGCGAGACCUACUUGGCGGGAGAUGUUCCGGUUAUAGAACCGAAGCAUCCUAGGCCCCCGGUCCCUGCAGUGACUGUAGGAUGGCUCCCUGUACACUUCUUCAGCGACACCAUCCACGUUGGACUAGGAUGCAGGUACUACGGCACUCAGAGCACACACUGAAAACAGCUCUCCUCUCAAAGAACCCCGUGCUUGUGUCACAGUAUGAGAAGCUAGAUGCUGGGGAACAACGGCUAAUGAAUGAAGCCUUCCAGCCACGCAGUAACCUGUUUGAACCAAUUACUGUGCACUCCCAGUCCGACUGGAUCUCCUCCCACCCCGAGGCUCCCCAAGACUUUGAGCAGUUUUUCUCUGACCGCUACAGAAAUGCACCCUGUCCAAAAAAACACAUCAUCUACAUUCAGUCCAUUGGCUCUCUAGGCAACACCAGAGUCAUCAGUGAAGAAUAUAUUAAAUGGCUCAAGGGCUACUGUGAAGCAUUUUUCUACGGUUUGAAGGUGAAGUUCUUAGAACCUGUUUCGGUCUCUGAAACCAAGUGUUCCUUUAGAGUGAAUGAGCACACACAAAACCUGCAAAUCCACACAGGACAUAUCCUGGCAUUCUUAAAGAAGAAUAAACCGGAAGAUGCCUUCUGCAUCGUGGGGAUCACAAUGAUUGAUCUCUACCCUCGGGACUCGUGGAACUUCGUCUUUGGACAGGCCUCCUUGUCAAGUGGUGUGGGCAUAUUCAGCUUUGCCAGGUACGGCAAGGACUUCUACACCUCGAAAUACGAAGGCAGUGUGACGACUCUGCAGCUAACGUCUCCCACUGACUACUCCAUUUUUGAUAACUAUUACAUCCCUGAAAUCACUAGUGUUUUGCUGUUGCGAUCCUGUAAGACUUUAACCCAUGAGAUUGGACACAUACUUGGACUGCGACACUGCCAGUGGCUUGCGUGUUUAAUGCAAGGCUCCAAUCACUUGGAGGAAUCUGACCGGCGUCCUCUGAAUGUCUGCCCCAUCUGCUUACGGAAGCUGCAGAGUGCCAUUGGCUUCAACAUUGUGGAGAGAUACAGAGCACUGGUGAAAUGGAUUGAUGAUGAAUCUUGCAACGAAUCAGGAGAAACUCCGAAAAGUAGUUCUGCGCAUGCGCAUUUGCCGAAACCUGUGGAAGCCUUCAAGGAUUGGAGAGAGUGGCUAAUCAGAUGCAUCGCUCUCCUUGAGAAAUAAGGACUUUGAGACUGGAGUAACAGAAAUAAAUACUGGCACACUAGG